UUGCCAAACUCCUUGGCUUUGAUUUUGAGAUGGUAUACAAGGUAGGAGUGGAAAAUAAAGCAGCAGAUGCAUUGUCUAGACAACUAGAGGAUGCUGACUUAAAGACUUUAGCCUCUUAUCCUAUACGGCAGCAAAGCAAAGAAGUGCAUGAAGGGGACUUGUUGUUUUACAAUGGGAGAUUAGUGUUGUCUGGAAAAUCUCCUCUCAUUCUCAUGCUCUUAAAGGAGUUCCAUGCAUCACCAACUGGGGGACAUUCAGGAUUUUGCGCACAUACAGGUAUGAAAGGAAUGGUCCAAGACUUUGUGAAAUCUUGUGAUGUUUGCCACAGAAACAAAUAUGUUGGCACUAGCCCAUGAGGUCUAUCACUCUGUCUCAUUUAAUUUUACGUGUAAAAAACGUUACACGUUGUUCUGGAACUAUCUAAAGUGUCAUAGUAUGCAUUAAGAUAAUUAAAAUGAAUUGAAACAAUAACAUGGAAAAUGCAAGAAACUUUCUUUUUACUUUAUUGCAUCUUUGA